GUGUUCUUAACUGACUCCUUUUCUUCCCUUUCGAAGGUGAUCAGAGUGACAGGUUUUAUGAAAGGACUUUACACGGAUUUCGAAUUGAAAUCGGAUAACGUCAAGGAUAAAGAUGCCAAAAUCAGCUUCCUUCAGAAAGCGAUUGACGCUGUUGUGAUGGUAACAGGAGAGCCGCUGUCAGUGAAACCAGCGCGUGUUGUGGCUGGACACGAACCUGAAAAAACCAAUGAAUUUCUUCAAGCAAUUGGGAAAUGUUGUUUAAAUAAGCUGUCCAGUGAUGUUGCUGUAAAAAGGAUCUUAGCUGGGGAAAGAGCUGAUGCGAAAGGGAAGCCUCUGUCCUCUAAAUCUCAAGAUAAAGAAAGCAGAGAAUCCAAACCAGAAGAACAGAAAAGCCAUAGAGAUCCAGAGGGUAGAGGAGACACUGAAAUUAAAGACAGAAGCUCAAGCAGAGACAAAAAACCUAAGGGAGAUUUGAAAGAGAGCGAAGAAAGAGAAAAGGAAAGUGAUAAACAGAAGGAUAAUGAAGACAGGCACAAAGAUCCACAAAGAGACACCUUUAAGGAAGGAGAAAAACAAGAAAGAGAAAGAAACAAAAGCAGAACAACCAAGCAAGGAAGAGAAACAGAAAAGAACAAGGGAAAAGGAGACAUAGAAAGAGAAGAUGAUGUCAAGCGUGAUAAAGGACAGGAAAGAGAGAAAAAAAACGAAGGAGGAAGAGAAAAUGACAGACUGAAAGGAAGAGACAAAGAGAAGGGUAGGGACAGAGAGCGAGAGAAAGACAGAGACAGAGGCAAAGAUCGGGAAAGGGACAGACAGAGAGACAGAGAUGGGGAGCAUUUAAGAGAACAUGGAAAGGAGAAAGCAGAGAAAAAG